AUGGCUGCCUCCAGCUUGGCCACUCAAGCUUUCCUAAGAAGGGGAAUUCAGGCAUUUACAUCCUGUCAUUCAAUCGAUAUUGCAAAAAAGCUCACACACUUCGGAACCUUCCCUCUCACAGCUCCUUUGAGUUCCUCAGCUUUGGGUAUAUGCUACUCGCCACAGGCUGUAAAGGGUGGUAUUGAUGUUUCACUCAAAGGAGCGAGAGACACGGAAACACUUGAAGAAAUAAAGCGUAUUGUUGAAAUGGCCGAUCGGGCAUUACUAAGGAGAGAAGUUUUACAUACUGAUUUUCUCACACCACCUGUGCUAAGUGAGUCAAUGUCAGUGUUAACCAAGUUAAAUGAAAUCAAAGCAGUUGCUCAGGGAGGAUACCCAGAGGCUGAACGUUGCCGGCUCUCUGUUGGACAUCCGGACGUAUUGAAAUCUGAUCUCAAUACUGUUGCAGCAUUGAGUAUCUCAGGAAAGUUCGAGUUUGAACCUUGUUCUCAUGGUGACUUUCUUGGUGCAAUCCUCAAUACUGGGAUUGUUAGGGAUAAGCUGGGAGAUAUUAUAUUGCAGGGAGAGAAGGGGGCUCAAGUCCUUGUCGUUCCUGAAAUUGCCGACUUCCUCGUAUCAUCGCUAAGCAAGGUAAGGUAUGUCUCAGUUACCUGUGAAAAGAUACCAUUGCUUGAUAUUGAAUACGUGCCACCAAGUACCAAGACUCUGAAAACUGUAGAAGCAUCACUUAGACUUGAUGCCAUAGCUAGUGCCGGCUUCAAAAUUUCACGAUCCAAAAUGGCUGGUUAUAUCAGUGAUGGAGAUGUGCGUGUAAACUGGACCACAGUGACGAAAAGCAAUACAACCCUAAAGACAGGAGACAUCAUCUCUGUAAGUGGCAAAGGUAGACUAAAGGUUGGAGAGAUAAACACUACAAAGAAGGGAAAUGUGCAAAACAUUGGUGCAGGUCCCUCGGCAGCAACGCUCUCCCAGCAUACACUUCUGCCCACAUCGCCCACAAUUAUUCCGGUUUACAAGCACAUUCCAGCAAUGCUUCUUGCAGCAAUAACAAAAGUUUGUUCCAUUGUUAGCCCUUAUCCCAUUGCAUGCAUUAUCAUUCAUCGUGUUACGCGUGCCUUUCUUGUUGAUGCUCGCCAAGAACCGGCUUCUUAA